AUGGGAGAUGCUGCGAAACCUUGCUUUGCCAAACAAAAUAAGGAACAGGAAAUUUUUCAUCAAGAAGGAUUAAAAGGAAGUCCCUUACAGAAAGACUACCAAGUCAUGGAUGAGUACGGAAAUGGCCAUAGCAAUAAAAUAGAUACCAGCCUGCAAAAGAAAAAGGGAACACCGUGUCAUUAUGGAAGCAGUCCCAGAAGAGGGCCACGUAGUGUUUUGAGUAGCCCAAAUUCGCUUAAAAACACAACUUACAGCCAAGGGUCAAAGUUAAAUGAUACCCAAAGAGACCAAAUGAAGAAAUGGGUGUCUGAUGACCACCGUGGUACUUCUGACAGCUGGAGAGAGUACAGAUCUGUUGCCUGGAUUCCUGCGCAUAGCAGGACAAGAAGAGACUCUCUUCAUGAAGUUGAAGGUGCUGGAAACAGAAAUGUAAGACGACAACUUCUGGAGGACAUAAUGGGUGAAGACAUGCCUGACCUGCAGAAAGGAAUCUCUGAAAUGAAGCAGCUUAGGAAACCAAGAAGAUCAAGAAGAACUAGAAAAGAUGAAUGUGAUGAAGAUCAAGAGGAUGGUCCUGUCAUAGAUGAAUCUCUGCUAUCGGCAAAAGAACUGCUAGGGUUACAGCAAGCUGAAGAACGGUUGAAGAGAGACUGCAUUUAUAGACUGAAGAAGCAACCUCGAAGCUACCCAUCAGCAAAAUAUACCUGCAAACUGUGUGAUGUUUUGAUUGAGUCGGUGGCUUUUGCUCAUAAGCAUAUUAAAGAGAAAAGACACAAGAGGAGCCUGAAGGAAAAGCAAGAAGAGGAGAUGCUGACUGCACUGCCUCCUCCAACGCCUUCCCAGAUACAAGCUAUUGGUGUUGCUAUUGAAAAUGUAGUGCAGGAGUUUGGCUUAAAUAAUGAAGAUCUAGAAGAAAGACUCAACAUUAAAACAGUGUUGGAAAACUUACUGCAUCAAAAAUUGCCAGAGUGCUCAUUAAGAUUGUAUGGCUCCUCCUAUAGCAGAUUUGGUUUCAAAACUUCAGACAUAAACAUAGAUAUCCAGUUUCCUGCCAAUAUGACUCAACCAGAUGUUCUCUUACUUGUGCAAGAAAGUCUCCAGAACAGUGAAUCUUUUACGGAAGUUGAUGCAGAUUUCCAUGCUAGAAUACCAGUGGUGGUGUGCAGAGAAAAGCAAAGUGGCCUUAUUUGUAAAGUGAGUGCAGGGAAUGAGAAUGCUUGUCUGACAACGAACCAUUUGGCUGCACUUGGAAAACUGGAACCUACUGUGGUACCUUUAGUGAUUGCCUUCAGGUACUGGGCAAAGUUGUGCUGUGUUGAUCGUCCUGAAGAGGGAGGCUUGUCACCUCAUGUGUUUGCUUUAAUGGUUAUUUUCUUUCUACAACAAAGGAAAGAGCCUUUUCUACCUGUCUAUUUGGGAUCAUGGAUUGAAGGAUUCUCAUUAAACAAAUUAACUAAUUUUCAUCUGAAAGAAGUUGAGAAUGACGCUGUGGUUUGGGAGCAUAACCCCAUUGAUGAUUCGGGUUUGCCACAAGAAACUUCCUCAAGAAGGGGCAAGGUUCCCUUAGUAUUUGGUUCAGGACAGCAAUGUUCAGCACAUGCUGGUCAGCUCUGGGUAGAGCUACUUCGUUUCUAUGCCUUGGAGUUCAACAUGGCUGAUUUGGUGAUUAGCAUUCGACUCAAAGAAGCAGUGUCUCGUGAGUCAAAGGACUGGCCUAAAAAGCGCAUUGCUGUGGAAGACCCAUAUUCAGUCAAAAGGAAUGUGGCAAGAAGUUUGAACAGCCAGAUAGUGUAUGAGUAUAUUCUUCACUGCCUGAGAGCAACUUACAAGUAUUUUGCCUUGCCUCACAAAAAAAAUGCAAAAUUGAGCAAAAAAUCCUCUCCAAGUACCAAUGAGGAGACAUUCCAAAUGCUAAGCCAUGGAAAAGAUGCUAUAAAGCACGAAAAUUCCGAGUUCCGAAACUUGGAUGGUAGAACAAACACAGCCAUGGUGGAAGAUUGCGUAACGGAGACUACAGGUAUGCCCCAGGCACAUAGAAUUGAUCCAUCAAAACUGUGUGAUGGCUCAGAAAGCUUCACAGAAGAAGAACUGGCUGAUGAUAUAAGUCAUUUGGGAAUUGCCCAUGAAGAUUCAGACUGUAUAAUUGAGGAAGUUAUUUCUGGAGAUAAUGAGGAUUUUAAACCAAGUUGUGAAGAGACAGAGAGUGGAAAUGAAGAGGAAGAAGAGGAGGAAGAAGAAGAACACGAACAACAAAAAUGUAGCUGGAAUGAUAUCUUGACUACUGAACAGGGAAUAGAUGAAGACAGUGACAGUGGAGAUCUGCCUGUCACAGUGAAUGAGCAUGAUAUAGAGACAUGUAGUACCUCAGACUUCGAAGGUUUUCAAAAUGCUGCACUUACAGAGAGCGAUGAGUUUGGCUUAGAGUGUGGUGGUAUAAUGGAUGGCAAGAUUGACAUUGAUGAGGAGAGCACUGAAGGUACUGAUGAACUGGAUGAAUCACCCCAAAAGUUAAUACGUUCAGCACAGAGUCAAAUAGCCCAAAUGAAUAACUCGGAUGAUGAGGAGGAAGAGGAGGAAGAACUAAGUCUUGUAGACCAGAGAAAGUGUGGUGUUGUCGUAAGAGCUGGAAAUGAACUAGGCAACACAUACACUGGAUCUGGAGAAGAUGAUGCACUGUCAGAGGAAGAUGGUGAUUUUUCCAUCCCAAAUAAACAUGAGGACAAACAUUUUGAAGAAAAUGCAGAUGAACUUCUGAGGAUCAAUUUUAGUCAAGAGGAUCUUACUGAGAAGGGAAGCCUUUUUGAAGACAGCACAGCAGUAGAACAGUGUUUGGAAUCUGAACUCUUUUACGAAUUCAGUAAACCGGCUUUUACAAAGGGCAAGUCUCCUACAGUAGUCUGUAGCUUGUGCAAACGAGAAGGUCAUUUAAAGAGGGAUUGCCCAGAAGACUUCAAGAAGAUUGAGCUUGACCCACUGCCAGCACUGACACCCAAAUUUUCAGUUAUUCUAGAUCAAGUUUGUGUCCAAUGUUACCAUGAUUUUGCUUCAAAUAUUGUAGAGGAUCAGGCUCGGGAAUAUAUAAGACAAAACUUGGAAGAUUUCAUUAGACAGGAUUUCCCAGGAACAAAGCUGAAUUUGUUUGGCUCCUCAAAAAAUGGCUUUGGCUUUAAACAAAGUGACCUUGAUAUAUGUAUGACAAUGGAUGGGCUGGAAACUGCUGAGGGACUUGAUUGCAUCAAAAUCAUUGAAGAUUUAGCAAAAGUUCUCAAGAAACAGUCAGGUUUAAGAAAUGUCUUGCCUAUAACAACUGCUAAAGUCCCGAUUGUCAAAUUUUUCCAUGUCAGAAGUGGUCUUGAAGUAGACAUCAGUUUAUACAAUACUCUGGCCUUGCAUAACACAAGACUCCUGUCAUCAUAUGCAGCCAUUGAUCCUAGAGUAAAAUAUCUGUGUUACACAAUGAAAGUCUUUACGAAGGUAUGUGACAUUGGAGAUGCAUCUCGAGGUAGCCUUUCGUCUUAUGCAUAUACUCUUAUGGUGCUUUAUUUUCUUCAACAAAGGAAUCCACCUGUCAUCCCUGUUCUUCAGGAGAUCUACAAAGAACCUAAAAAGCCAGAAAUUUUAGUCGAUGGCUGGAACGUUUAUUUCUUUGAUAAGAUAGAGGAGUUGUCAGUUGUUUGGCCAGACUGUGGCAAAAACACUGAAUCCGUUGGGCAACUGUGGCUGGGACUUCUCCGUUUCUAUACAGAACAAUUUGAUUUUAAAGAGCAUGUAAUCUGCAUUCGGAGAAAAAGUCUGCUUACAACUUUCAAGAAGCAGUGGACCUCCAAGUACAUUGUAAUUGAAGACCCCUUUGAUUUGAACCACAAUCUUGGAGCUGGAUUGUCAAGAAAAAUGACAAAUUUUAUAAUGAAGGCUUUUAUCAAUGGCAGAAGGGUAUUUGGUACCCCUAUAAAAAUAUUUCCUAAAGAAUAUCCAUCAAAAAUGGAGUACUUUUUUGAUCCAGAGGUAUUAACGGAAGGAGAAUUGGCACCAAAUGAUAGAUGCUGCAGGAUUUGUGGUAAAAUUGGCCAUUUCAUGAAAGAUUGCCCCAUGAGAAGAAAAUUAAGACGGCGUCGUGAUUACGAAGAAGUAAAAAACCAGAGGUACACAGAAAGCAAGGAGAAGAGAAUCAAAGAGGACAAAGAAACUCAGAAUAAAACAACAGAAAAGGAGAGCUCAAUCAAGGAGGCGAAGUUGCAUCUAUGUACACCUCAAAAGAAGAAAGUAGCAAGGGUGGCAGUGGAAACUGGAAGAGAGAAGACUCCCAGGCAAUCAGCAGAGAAGUGGAAGCGCCUGGAAGACAGAGACUUAAGAGAAAAACGUUGUUUUAUCUGUGGAAGAGAAGGUCAUAUUAAAAAGGAAUGCCCACAGUAUAAAGGAGCUGCAGGUGGUUCAAAACCAGAAGUGUUGUGUGGAUCCCCUUCUUUACCUAGCACUGCCAAACAUGCUGGUAGAUUAAAUCAGGGAGUGCUUAUACACGAAGAAAAACAGAAACAAAAAGGCAAAGUGUUUUUGAGUCCCCAGUCAGGCAGCCUUUCCAAUAAAUACAUGACUCAGGGAAAAGCCUCACAGAAGAGGACCCAACAAGAAUCAUGA